AUGUCUAAACCAAAUGAGAAACCGAACACUCUGCGGCAGACAACAAGCCAGAGCGAGCGCAUGGAGUACCGCAUCGGCCGCGGCGAGCAAGGCGUCUUCCACUUUGAGCCGUACAAGUCCGCCCUGCUACCCCUCUGGCGCUUCCGCACCGUGCCCAUUGCCGAAAAGAGCGCCGCCGACUUGUGGGCGCGCUUCGAGGCGUAUGGCGAGCAAGACGACUUUAUCGGCAUGGACAUGGCGCGCAAGUUUAUCCAGAUGGGCAUGACGCGGGCGAAGCGCUACGCAAACCACGCCGGCGGACGGAAAUACAAAAAGGGCGCCACCACCCGCCAGGAACUUCCCAAGAGCGAGCGACAUGCGGAUAAGAGUGACAAAGAACGGGCGAGCCAAGUGUUUCGAGAGUACUGGGAGCGAUGCAAAAGUCAUGAGGGCUACAAUAGGCUAAAAGACGCGUUUAUAUCGGAGCAGAAGAAAUGGGAUGCUGGCACAUAG